CGGGCCGGGGGCGGGCACGCGCGGCGGGCCGGCCCGCCCCCUCCCACGCGGCCAUGGACUCGCCCCGCGCGCGCUACCUCGUGUUCUUCCAGUACGUGGGCACGGGCUUUAGUGGGGUCAUGGCUAUCAAACGGCCGAAACAGGGGGUCGGAGUCCAGAAUCUCCUCGAGAAAGCCGCAGAGCGGCUAAAGUCCCUCACACCCGUCAAGUUCACCAUCUCCAGCCGAACGGACACUGGCGUCCACGCCCUGGGGAACUCUGCCCAUCUAGAUGUUCAGCGCCUAAGUGGCCGACCCCCUUUCUCACCUGAUAUCCUCACGUUUGCCCUCAAUAGCCACCUGGAGCACCCUGACAUCAGGGUGAUCCGAGCUUUUCGGGCCCCCGAUGACUUCCAUGCUCGCUUUGACGCCACAUCGAGGACCUACCUGUACCGGGUGGUAACCGGCCGCUCCUUGGACGCGCUCUCCGUGUUUGACCGGAACCUGUGCUGGGCAGUGAGGACUGAUCACCUGGACGUGGCGGCCAUGCAGGAGGCCGCCCGCCAUCUCCAAGGCACCCACGACUUCCGGGCCUUUAGGUCAGUGAGUGACAAUGACUGGAAGAACCCUGUCAGGACCCUGCUCCGGGCCUCGGUGGCUCCUGCAUCCGCCAGCCCUUUUACCCAUCCCCAGGAGAAGAGGAAGCUGCAGUUCUGGGACCUAGAGUUUGAGAGCAAGUCCUUCCUCUACAAGCAGGUGCGGAGGAUGACGGCCUGCCUGGUGGCCGUGGGGCUGGGGGCCCUGACCCCGGCCCAGGUGAAGGAGAAGCUGGAGAGUGGGGACCCCCAGAGCGGCCCUUCCUUGCUGGUGGCCCCUGCCCAGGGCCUGUUCCUGAAGUCAGUGCACUACGAAGGCCUCGACUGGGGCCCUGGCAAGGACUGGUACAAUCGCCCGUCUGUCCCAGGAGGCUGCGGCCCAGGAGCCGUGCCCGAGGCGCCCAGGCUCUGAUGGGACCAGGGAGGCCCCGGGAUUCGGUUGGGGCAAACAAAGGGCAAGCGCUGGGACCGGUGGCGGGCGGCUGAAGUGUUCCUGCCUGGUGCCCCGGGCCCGUGGGAGUUAUGUCCGGGUGGCUCCAGGGGCAAGGGCAGUUUCCUGUGGGUUUGGGGGUGAGGGGCGGAGGGAGGCGUCACAGGCACUUUUCUGAGGCUGAAGUUUCCUGUGGCUCCGAGGCCGGCAGCGGGUGCUCAGUGCGGGCUCCUGAGAGUAGGGGUCUGGGGGCAGGGGGGCGUCACAGGUCUCCCCGCUCAGAAGCAGGCGGCCCCGCUUCUCUUGGGCCUCUGCCGGCCACUCAGACCCAAGGGACUCUGGGAUGAGGGGCCCCUCGGUGAGGAGGAGCACGCUGGCAGGGGAGACAGGAGGCCAGGGCCUGACAAGCGCUGAGCGAGUGCUCCUCCCGCCAACCCCAGACUGGCCCGGCCAUGCUGCCGCUGGCCCUGAAUGACACAGGAAGCCCCUCGGCCACCGGGUUUGGGGGCCACCAGCAGCACAGUCUUUGCCCUGGGCCUGGCUGGGAACGUGGUGACCGGGAGCUGCCUCCUCUGGCAGCCGAGGUGCUCGGGGCCGGUCUGUGGCCUGGCCCUGGGCUCACCUCCACUCCCGCAGGCCCAGACCAGCUUCACCAUCUACGACAGCAAGCUGACAGGGCCCCUCUGCCCCCUGCUGGGGUGAGACCCCCCCCCCCCCAGGCUACAGCAGGCCUGCGGGGGAGAUGGCACCGUGGCCCCUGCCCCCACACUGAGCCACACAUGGGGGCACGUCCCUCCCCAAGGAGCCGGCCUGCUCUGCUGUGGCUGACUGGG